ACGUCAUUACGUGAAUCAAUCAAAAUAGCAAAUCCAAAUUCAUGAAAAUAUUUAGUGUUGUAUUGUAUAUUAAAUCUUGCCUUGAAUAAUUAUUAAUAUAGCCAGGCCACCAGGCCUUACUUUUGUAAUCGUUACUUACGGUAAAACGUUAUUGAUUAAUUUACAUAAGUUAUAAAAUCACUUCUGGAAUACUACAAAAAAUGUUUUAUCAACAUCUCUCUCGGGUGCAAAGGUUUUCAUCUUUAUUAAACAAUUCAAUAUUGCGCUGCUGCGACUCCAAAAUACUUCCAAAAUGCUCAAUUGAUUUCAGAAUAACUCGCCAAUUUUCACAUAAUUUACCGUUAUGCACGUUUAAAGGAGAAAAAGACCGGUUUAAUGGACUAACUAUCGAUCUGUCUAAAGAACAAUUCAAACCCUCUGAAUUUAUAAGCAUACUUAAAGAAUCAUUAAACAAAUGGCACACUGAUAAUAACAGAUGUAUUUGGUUCAAAGUGAACAUACAAGAUGCAUGCCACAUUCCUGUAUUAGCUGAAAACGGCUUUAAUUUUCAUCACGCCAGGGACAGCUAUGUGAUGAUGUACAAAUGGCUGCCUUCGGACAGUGAACCGAACCUGCCGCCCCCGUGCCACACCAAUCUGGGAGUGGGGGCCAUGGUGUUCAACAGUCGUGGGCAGCUGCUCGCCAUAUCUGAAAAAAAUUAUGACUAUCCCCACUGGAAGUUGCCUGGGGGCUAUGUUGAAAAAGGUGAAGACAUAAUAGAGGCCGCAAGAAGAGAAGUGCAAGAGGAGACAGGCAUCGACACAGAGUUCAAGUCACUGGUCACAUUCAGGCACACCCACAAUAUGAUGUAUGGAAACUCAGACAUCUAUGUCCUAGUCCGAAUGAAAGCCCUUACUGAGAACAUCCAGAUAGCACAGAGAGAAGUAAACAACUGUCAGUGGAUGGAUGUGGAAGAGUACACGAAUCACCCACAUGUCCAUGAGUGGAACAGAUUAGUUAUAAAAAGAGCUCUAGAUUACAAAAAUCGAGGGAUAAAGAUUGACUUGCAAAAGAAAACGGUGAAGUGGGCUCAGAAUGUUCGAGAGAUGAGCGUCAUGAUGCUUGAGGAUGCGGAUGAUUGAUGGACUUAUGCUCAAAGUGGAAUAACUUAAUGUAAAUAUAUAAAUAGAAUGCUACCGGCAAUUAGUACCUUGGUAUUUAGAUUUUGACAAAGAGAAAAUGAUAUGUAAUAAUAUUUAUUUAAUUCUUCAUUUGUUAAUAAUGUAAUAGGUAAGUAUACAAGGGUUAAAUAAAUAAGUAUCACAUCA